GAAGGAAGUGAAAAAGAUGUCAGCUCUCACGCCCAUACGGAGCUCUGCAGCUGCUGUUGGUAUCUAAAAGUAAACGGGACAACAAUAUAUUCAUUUUCACUCAUCUUUAUCGGAUGCAGGCGGUGUUUUGGGACAAAGAAUGGCGUCCAAGGUGGUUUAUUCGCAUAGAGACCCAAUGCUGAAGAAGAGAGAUGACUUUGAGGACAUGUUGGAGGAAAGGAGAACGGGCAGUGAUCUAAGAUAUGCGCUCAGGUGUUACACUCCUGCCCUCUACAAAGGACUGACUCCAUGCAAAGCCAGCGAACUCAAAAACAUGGUGCUGCAGUCUGAUCAGCUGCAUUAUGUCAUCAAUCAGGUUUCCAAAGAAACGGGCACGCCAACAGAUGAGAUCCAGGCGGAGGCAGCGGCCAUCUUGGAGGAGAUGGCUCACCGCUUGCAGCUCAGCACGAUCCGCUUCUUUGCUUUCACUCUCAGCAAAAUCUUUAAAACUCUGUUCAGGAGCAUCUGCGUCAACGAGGAGGGCAUCCAGAGACUUCAACAGGCCAUCCAGGAGCACCCGGUGGUUCUUCUGCCAAGUCACCGGAGCUACAUGGAUUUUCUUCUCAUGUCAUACAUCCUGUACACCUAUGAUUUAGCUUUACCAGUCAUCGCUGCCGGCAUGGACUUCAUGGGGAUGAAGAUCGUCGGGGAGAUGCUGCGAAUGUCGGGGGCUUUCUUUAUUCGCAGAUCGUUUGGUGGAGACAAACUCUACUGGGCUGUUUUCUCAGAAUACGUCAAGAUCAUGCUGAAGAAUGGGUUUGCACCGGUUGAGUUUUUUCUCGAGGGCACGAGGAGCCGAACAGCCAAAUCCCUGACUCCAAAGUUAGGCCUGCUGAACAUUGUGAUGGAUCCUUUCCUUAAAGGAGAAGUGUUCGAUGUCAGUCUGGUCCCGGUUAGCAUCAGCUACGAGAGGACCCUGGAGGAGGCGCUCUAUGCAAGAGAACUGCUGGGUGUCCCGAAGCCCAAAGAGUCAACCUCAGGUCUGUUUAAAGCCAGGAAGAUCCUGAGUGAGGACUACGGCAGCAUCCAUGUGUAUUUUGGUCAGCCUGUUUCUGCCAGAAGUUUGGCAGAAGGCAAAGUUAAACGCUCUCAGUUCAACCUAAUACCCAGGCACAUCCCCAGGAAGCCCACAGAGGAAAUCCAAGACUUUGUCAACGACUCGGCCUACAGGCUGGUCCGAGCCCAGGAGGAGAGCAUGGUGCUAAAGCCCUGGGUACUUCUGGCUUCCCUGCUGCUCCAGAACCAGGCUGCUGGGAGCAAACAGGGAAUGUCAUUGCGAGAGCUGACUGAACAAGCUGUGUGGGUCAGGGACCUCUCCCGGCAGUUUGGAGCGUUUCUUCACUGGCCUGACCACAUUCCUCCCUCCAAAGUCGUCUCCUCCAGCCUUUCCCUCCAUCAAGGCCUUGUGAGGAUCUCUGAAGGAAGAGUACAGCUGGCUUUAGAUCAAGCAGGAGGUCGUGUUGAACCAGGGUUGCCUCAGCCUGCAAUAACGCCAGAGGACGCGCUUUUGAGUCAGGCAGUUGUCAUCCUCUCCUGUGCCUCCUACAGGAACCAGGCGCUCCACGUCUUUAUCCGACCUGCUCUGCUGGCCUCCGCUAUCCACUCUGCAUCUGUCAACGAGAAACAGGAGAUUUUCAACACCUUCAGCUUCUUAAGGAACGUGUUUUCUGAUGAGUUCAUCCUUUGUCCUGGAGCUGAAGUACAGGACUUUGAAGAGGCUUGUUACCUUCUGGUGAAAUGUGGAGCCCUGCAGAUCCACCAGCAGACGAUUUUGGUCACGGACAGAGGUCAAAGGACACUCGCCUUUCUCACAAGUAUUCUGGAUCCUUUUGUGCAAGGAUAUCAGAUGGUUUGUAGGUUUCUUUGCGAGGCUACAGAAGGUCUGACCGACAAACUUUUCAUUCCCGCUGCUCGGAAGUUCAUCAUCAAACAUCUUCUAACAGGGAGAUUAAAAUAUGCAGAAGUUUUAUCAUCGGACCUCCAGAAGAACGCUCUAGCUGCUUUGCUGAGACUCGGAGCUGUUCAGAAACUCAGAGGAAGAGGGGGGCCGGCGGCUCUAAAGGUCAACAAGGUGAUGGUGAAUUCUUUGGAAGACACUCUGGGAGGAAAACUGCCCACUCAGAAGCCCCUCGUUGCUCGCCUUUGACUCAGCGACGUCAGUCAUCGGAGCGGGCGAUCAGAGCACUUGGGUGGGGUUGCUCCUCUAAAUGUGGAACGAUAUGAAGCGUCUCUGUGGGCUGAUUCCUCCCUCUCCUGUCUGAGAGGUGGAACCAAACGUUUGGAUCGGAAGAAAACUCCAUCUGGUUUUUGUUAAGUUUGGUUUUUCUCUUCCCCUCAGAUGUUUUCCAGGCUUUAAAUUAUGCUUUUUAUAAACCUACAUUAACAAAGGAUGAAUGGGAUCUAAAAAGGGUCAACCACAAGCUUCUUCUGAUUUAUUCAGAAUUUAUUCAGAAUUUUUGUUCAUCUUUAUAACCUUUAUAUGUCCUCUCUCGCCCUCUGAGUCGCUUUUUUUCAUGGUAUUCCUGUUCUUCCUCUACCCUCCUUUCCUCCUUUUUGAAGCACUUUGAUUAAUUUACUAAUGCGGUGUGGUGUGGACCUAUACCUUUUGAUUUCCCUAAGAUUAAAUAGUCCCAGUCAGAAGUUUUUUUUUUUUUAUACACUCAUUUUUAGCAUUUCUUUAGGGUGGAUGACUAAACAAACACCCAUGUAUUAUUAUUUUUGGUGUUUUGGUGUAACUUUCUCUAAUUCAAACAACAGGUUCAGAAUUGAUAACUAUAAACUAAGGUUUACCUUCAAUUAACAUUUAUGUGGUUAAAUGUUCCUUCUAAUUGACUGCAUGCGGAGUGUAGAAUAUCUUUCCCUGGUUGUUUGACAACCUUUCUCAGCCAAAUUAGGAAAGUUGAGUUAUAUUAAAGAUGGUACAUUUUCUUUUUUUUAUCUCUGGGCUUUGAUGAAGCUUUUCCAGAAACUUCCUCCAUGUUUAAACCUGAUUUGAUGAGUUUUUGAAGUAAUUUUCUGGCAUGCGAUCCAUUACUGCCCAGGUCUAAAAGAGCUAGCUUUGCAUUUAAGGUUUAAGAAUAUGGUUUUAGAGCAAUUACAGCAACGCAGCCCCACAGUAUGAUGCUGCCACCCUCAUGCCUGACAGUAGGAACAGUGUUCUUCAAACAUGUCUUAUGUAAGUGGGGCCUAAUUGGUUGGUCUUUUUUUUUGUCCAUUUGGGCAUCUGGAUUUUAGCUAAGCUUGCAGGUGAGGAUGUUAGGACUCAAGCUUCUUUCUCGGCUUGACAAUCUGGCUUGACUGUAAAUGCCCACACCAGUGUUCCAGUUUCUUUUUUUUUGUAAUGUAGCAAAGAUUGCCUUUAACCUCUAUGGUUCCUGGUGGAGCUACACAAUGUAACAAAUACCAGUCAAUGUUUCAGUAUUACAGCACGCAAUGUCGCCAUCUGGAAUCAUUUCUCUGAUUUAAUGUUUGGAAGGAGAUUUUAUUUUGACCUUGCUUUCAAAUCCUGAAUGCCAAUGUUUGCUUUUUUUUUAAUAGAUGCAAGGAUACACUGCAUAUUGUUUUCAAGCCAAAACUUAUUGUAUGUUCUUAGUGCUAAAACAAAUAAAUCACAAAGGGACAACAGUCCUGAAUUGCAAGAUUUUGCAACAGAAAAAUUUUCAAAUGCCUUCUUCAUAUCAGGCAACCUUUGCUCUUGAACAUCCUAAACACGUCUUUCAAGUCAGGUAGCUUUAAUUUUAGUCAGGAAAGCUUUAAACAUUAGAUUAGAAGGUUGCAAAAGUGAAAUGAUCCUGAUGCAGAUCUGAACUGCCUAUUUAUAGGAUUCGUUUAUGGGUUUUGCCUUAAUGUCAUACUUGGUUAAAAGCCUGGUCAGUUCCAGUGGAAAUAAACUGUCAAUGUUGCCCCAACCAGAAACCUUGCUAAGAAAUUUUAUGAAUUCAUUUGAACUGGUUUGGAUUAGAGAAAAUUUACAUAAAAAUUGUGUAUUCAUUUUUUUUUUUUUCAUGUAUUCAAAUUGCUACGUUCUGACAUUCAUGCCCCUGAGUUUAUAAAAACAUCUGAACAGAUCUACAUUUAAUCCAACCUUUAAUCUCAUGUUUUGUAAAGUAGAAUUUUCUAUAUUUUAGAAAUGUGCCACAUGGUUGAGCUUUUCCAGAACAAUACUGUACACCUUUUGUAUUUUUGGUUGUUAUUAACCUUAAAGCUUAGAGCUUAAACUUGAACUGAGCCACAGUGAGAAUAAAGAAAUUCAGUCAUGUUUGUUUACACACUGGAGAUGUUGCUAUAUAUGUGAUAACAAAUUUAACAUUUUUGCCAAGUUACAUGUAACCACUUGCCUAAGAAAACCAUUUGAUUGUUCUUUUGGUUUAUUUCAGGGAUUAUUUUCCUCAUGUUUUGUCUGAAGUUGUCAAAAAAAGCAAAAUAGAAAAUGUGUUAAGACUUUAUUUAUUAUUAUUUAAAGGUAACUUGUUUUCCUACAAGCUGGAGACUCAUAAACACAAACAUCUGGAGGUCAAAUUGAGAAAAUAUUUUACCCCUAAACUCAAUCUGUUUUUAUUUACUUUGCUUUUAGGUUAAUGAAGUGACUUGUUGGUACUUUAAAAAAAUAUCCUGGGAGUUGUUUAUUCAUUUAUAGUUUCUCAAAUCUUAUCCCUCUGCAAACGGCAGAUUGAUGUUUGACUAAAAAACUGUUAUGUUUGAAGUUUUUAGGUUUCUUUGGGGCAAAGCAAGGAAAAAGUAUCCAAUCCUCCGAUUUGUUUAAACAUCUGAUUUCAACUCUAAUUUUAAAACCUUAUUUUUUUUUCUAAUAGAGAAAGACAUUAAGAAAUUAUCUUUUCUGUGGAGUUAAGUACCAGAAAAAGAAAAGUUUAGAUUCUAGACCAAUGCUAUGUCUUUGUCCUUUACAGAUUUCUUUUUUGCUGGUGUAGAGAGAAAAUAAAUCAGACUUCCUCGCUAUUUCAGUUGUUUCAAGCGUUUAGCAUGCUGAGGUGGGUGAAUCCUCACCAGUGCAGGCAGAGUCUCUGCAUGGAGUAGCAUGAUAUGAAGUUGAGUCAUUGCAACAUUUCCAUACCUUUUGUAGCAGUGGUUAAUUUGAUAUUUGAGGUAAAACUCUUUCUGCAGAAUUCCCUCUAAACUGCAUAUUUAACAUUAUCAAAUUACAUGGGCGAAAAGUGAUGCUGGAGUUGAAGCUGUGUUUCAUAAAACUUUACAGGAUUUCAAGUUAAAUACACAAAAAAUAAAGAAGCAAUGAAAUAAGAGCUUUUUAAAGCUAAGCUUUUUCAACGUUGGUGCUAUUUAACCUUUUCAAAUUAUUGAGAAACUAUUGGGUACUAGGACAUGGUCACUUAUUUUUUUACAAACUGCCUGCAAUGACGCUCUGGUAUACACUGUAUACACUUCAUUUUGUUUACACUUGUGUAUACAAAAUAUAGUAUAGAUGGGUAUUAAACAACCCUAA